GGGCGAGGCGCCCGGAGAGGCCCCUCCCCCCGGCCAUGAGCGCGCGGCGCUGCCGUGCUGCGGCGGGCGGUGGUCCCGCUUCGACCCCGAGAGCGGCAUGGACCGCCUGACGCUGCGGUUCGCGGACCCGCGGAAGGAGGAGGGCUUCGUGCGCACCCACAAGGUGCAGCUGCUGAAGGGCAUGGGCGUCUCCAUGGUUAGCCUGACCAUCGUGGUCCUUAUGAGUCUGGCUGUCCAUCGGUCCUGGGACGACGCCCAGCACGAGGCACAGGAGGCUAGGAAUCUCAGCAGAUGGCAGUCUGUGAUCCACUGUAUUAUUCUCGGGUGGAUGCUCGUUGCUUUCGGCUCCGGGAGACUGCUCGCCAAGCGCAAUGUUGUGAGCACCUUGGUUCUGGAGGUCAUUGUUGUGACUACAAUCGCACUCAAUAUGUUCUUGUUCGCGAUCGUUCCGAAGCACUACAUUGCGCGAGCAUUCGGCCAUGACGACACGGAGGCCAUAUGGGACGUGGAACUGGGCGCCACCGACUGUAACCUAAUAUUGGUGAUCGACCUGGCCACCACCUUUGUGCAUUUGCUGAUGCCGAUCCGCUUUGUGGUCCUCAUCCCCUUGGAGGUGGCCGCCGUCCUGGCCUACAUCGCGCCACCGCUGACCCUCGGCAGCCCGGCCAUGAACCAGGUCCCCUUCAAUGUCAUCGGCAUCCUCUCUCUCGUGGUCAUCUCGGCCAUCGGGAAGCGGGCCGCUGAGCGCCAGGAGCGCCUCAUGUUCGCUGGCCUCCUAUCGGAGAAGCAGCUGCGGUUUCAGGCGGAGUUCCAGCUGUCCAACAGCGCAGCGGCCGCGGCUAGCGGGCAGGAGAUCCAGCAGCGCUGCGGCUCCGAGCGAUCCGCCGCGCUGACCCGCCCGGAGACGACACUGAGCGCGGCGGCGUUCGAGAACGACGCCGAGCACUCGUCGCUGUACCAGAUCCGCGCGGUCGGGGAGCGGGAGCAGUGGCUCAUCGCCAGCGGGGAGGUGGAGCUCCUGACCGACAUGGUCCUCGGCAGCGGCGGCUUCGGCGUCGUCGUGAUGGGGCUUUACUACAACACCCUGGUGGCGGUGAAGGCGCCGAGGGAGAACAUCGCGCACCAGGGCGGCGUGGCCGCGUCCCUGCCCGCGCUCUGCAACGAGCUGCGGAUCCUCCGGCGCAUCCGCCACCCCAACAUUGCGUUCCUGUAUGGGGCGUGCAUGGACGCCGCCUUGCAGAAGCUGUGCCUGGUGCUCGAGUUCGUGGACGGCGUGAGCCUCGGCGUGUUCAUCCGUGGCCAGAAGUCCUCCGCGACGCCGCGCCCCGCAGCCUCCCGAAGCGCGUCGGUGCGGUCCCUGCUCAUCUUCGACGUCCUGAGCGCGCUGCGCUACCUGCACUCGAGGCAGCCCGUCGUGGUCCACGGCGACCUGAAGGACUCGAACGUCUUCGUGGAGGAGCGGCGCAGCAGGCACGGGCGGAGCUCCUACCGCGCCAAGCUCCUCGACUUCGGCCUCUCCCGCAUCCUCACCCGCAGCGCCAAGCCCCUGGGCGGCACCCUGCGGUGGAUGGCGCCCGAGCUGCUCUCGCGCCAGCCGGUACCCCCCGACGACGCCGCCGACUGCUACUCCUUCGGGCUGGUGACGUACUUCAUCGUGACCGGCUGCCUGCCCUUCGAGGGCCGCCACGCCGAGCAGGUGCGGCGGCAGCUGCAGCGCGGCCAGCCGCCCAGCCUGGCGUGGCCCGCGCCCGUGGACGAGCUCUCGCGGGCCUGCCGCUCGGUGGUCGAGCAGUGCACCCAGGCGGGGCCCGCGCUGCGCCCGCCCGCGCGGCAGGUGGGCGGCGAGCUCGCCGCGAUGCUGAGCCCGUUCGUCGGCGGGGAGCUGGCGGCGGCGGCAGGGGGUACCACCUGCGCCGGGAGGUCCGGCGCUUCAGUCACGAGGCCGCCGCCCAGCACCAGCGAAGCCGCCACCUCGGACGGCUCGGCCGAGAAGGCCCUGCAGCAGCUCGAAGGCGUGGUGGAGGCGAGGCAGGCCCGGGGCACCAGCGACAGCAGCUCGCUCGCGUCCGACCUCAGCACCGGGAGCCUGCCCACCGUGCGGGAGGACGCGGUGAUGCUGUCGGGCGAGACCGCCGACCGCCCCACGGGGCCGGCCCCCGCGGGCCCCGCGGGCGCGCAGGUGCAGGUGGCCUUCCCGGAGUACAGGCCGACGCCGCUGAGCACGCAGACCCUCACCCUGGCGCUCCUGCUGUUGCAGUGGAACGGGCCGGAGGCGAAGGGCGCCUGCUGCUGGCUGCACGGCGCCCUGCGCUCGCUGGACAGGGUGCGGGACGACGAGAUCGGCCUGGGCUCGUGCGCUCGGCCGCGGGAGGCGAUGGUCUGCGCCCAGUGCCACAGCUGCGGGCUGCUGGUGGUGAACGGCAGGACGUCCUGCGACUUCUGCGACUGCCCGGAUUCCUCGGGCGUCGUGGGCGGCGCCGCUGGCUCGGAGGACGUGCUGGCUGUUUGACCAGCCUCGCGGAGCGGUCAUACGGGAGGUCGACGGUGGCAUUUGAACAGGAUUCGCUGUCGGUCGGUUGUCAGGUCUGCGCUGCCCGCCAGGGUAGGAGCGAUGAGCACCAUGAUCAGUCCACGAGUGACAAUUGUUGUUAGCAUUGAUCGUGCGUGGUCGAUGUGCUCAUGCGAUGUGUAAUUAGUUUGCGUUGUUUAUGGCAACGCUGCUGACUCCCAUCGUAUAGUCUGGAUUAUGAUGGUGGUGCCUCGCCACAGGGUUGCCGGGUUUCCCGACCUGCUGCCAGUACAUUCCGUCAAUGUUUUGUUGCUUGUCCGGGAUAUCGAAUAUGACAGUUCCUGGCCUGCCCCCGCUUGCUGUGCGGGCUUGCACUCUGCGCUUGCCCCAGUCUCGCUCCAGCUCCCGCUGCUGCUUCUGCUCGCGCUGCUUUGCCAGCUCCUCUGCGGUCGUCCAUCCAGGGCUCCAAGAGGCCGCAAGAGAGCCCAAGGGCUCGCCGAUGUGCCCUAAGAGAGCUUGCAGUUGACUCCAACGGAACCUAAGAUGACCCCAA